AUGCUAGCCCUUCCACCACCCCCUUCAAAACAACAAAUAAUAAGGAAUCAAAGUUCCUUAGAAUCACUUGAAAACAAUAGGCCAAAUAAAAAACUAUGGCAACCAAGAAGUCAAAGGACAAAACCAGUUAUAUGGUGUUUUGCAGGGUUAUGUCUCAUAUUCAGCCUUCUACUAAUCUUCUUUGGAAUUGUUAUAUUGAUAUUCUACUUAGCAAUCAAACCAAGAAACCCCACAUUUGAUAUACCAAAUGCAAGCCUCAAUGUUGUGUACUAUGACUCAACACAAUACUUGAAUGGUGACUUCAUUCUCCUUGCAAAUUUCUCAAACCCCAACAAGAGAAUUGAUGUAAAGUUUGAGUCUUUGGACAUUGAACUCUUCUUCUCCAACCGGCUCAUAUCGAAUCGGACGAUGAAUCCUUUUAUGCAGAAGCCAAAGGAGACAAGGCUGCAAACUGUGAACUUGAUUUCCAAGUUGGUUUUUCUGCCUCAAGAUGUUGGUGUGAAGCUUCAAAGGCAAGUUGAGAGCAACAAAGUAAGCUACUAUGUAAGAGGGACAUUUAAGGUGAAGUUCAACAUUGGUUUGAUCCAUUUAUCUUAUUGGUUGAAUAGCAUAUGUGAAAUUGAGAUGACAGGUCCACCAGCUGGUGUUCUAGUUUCAAGACAAUGCAUAACUUCAAGGAGAUGA